UACCACUGCAUGUACGGUAUUUUUUAAAACCAUACGGCCAUACGGUACACGCUCUACGUGUGUAUUGAAUAUUAUACGCACAUUCAAUGCGUUGUAUGUCUAUCCAUGUACCCGUUUAUACGUAUACGUAUGUAUUACUGUGCAUAGCAUAGGUUUCUUUCUACCGUCAGUGCAAUAGAUCGAGUAUAGGCGUGACCCUUGUCGAUAUACAACGAGAUCUCGUCGAACACCUGUACUAUAAAGGUAAUGGACGUCGAAAGUAAUAGUGCGAGCAGCGGCAACGAAUCCGAUUAUAGCUCUGAUGAAGUGUUCGUUGAUGCGCGUAUGUCCGUAGACGAUACAGAUACCUCAGAUAGCGUAUUCAACAAGCCUGAGUCAUCUUCUCAGUUAGAGGUACGAAUAGGCCCUCAGGACGGUAGACAACAAAGUAUAAACCAAGGUAUAAAUCAAGGUAGAGAACAAAGUCCUCGUGGCGAACCAAGUACACAACAGACACAUAGAAACACUCCGGAUACUUCGAGCGUUAUACAUCCCAUAAAACUUGGAAGACAAGUGAACAUUCCACUACAUUCCAGUACAAAUACACCCGAGGAGUUCUAUAGUAAAGGGAAACGAGCCAGAAUGAGUGAUGCGGAGGCCAGCACGGGCCAAGCACAUGCAAUUGAAUCAGACACGCACAUAAAUGCAGAUAUAUUACAUGAUAAUACUAGCGACAAAGGUAUGCAAGAGACUAAGAGUCAAGAUACAAAUACGAAUGGCAAUACAAAUAUCAGCGCAGGUACAACCACGGACGCUACACCCAGCGUUGAGGUUUCGGAUGCGAAUGUGAAUGAGAAUGGGAAUGCGAAUGCGAACGUACCCAUGAGCACCUCUGGUGAUGUAGAAGUGCAGACGAGUGAAAAGGCUGGGAAGAGCACGUCUACUACUACACCAGAGUACUUUAAUGUUAUAGGGUCAGGCACCAAUACGGCCGGCACGGAUACUGCUGCUGCUAACAGCGCUACUACUGCUAAGGAGAGCAAGUUGGCCUAUGCAGGCCAGAUCGCAGGCACCAUCGCGUCGCAUGGUUACACCACACUCUCCAUGGCAUCAUCUGCGGCCGGUCGCUUGUACUCGUACGCAACAACACCCUCACCCACACAACCCAUCAAUACUGGGCUAAACGAAGAACAAGACCUACAACUCCAGAAGAUCCUGGACGGGUGGGAUGCCGUAGAUGGCGAUAAAGUGCAUGAGGAGAUCAAGGAUAGACUGGUUGUGGCUGUUAUGGGCCGAGUAUCGGCAGGUAGGUGUAUCACCUGUGUUGUAUAUAGGCUGUGUUAG